AUGACAAAGGGCACAGAACACCUGCAGGAAGUGGGCGGCGCCCGCGGGCAGCUGCGGCCCCGCGUAGAAGGCCAGCCCCUCAAAAUUGCAGAGACGGUGCUGCGCAAGCGGCGGCAAGAUCUGGAAUCUCGGGAGAAACGGGCGGAGGCCCUGGCCAAGGCGAAGAAGGCACGGAAGAAAGCCCAAAGGCCAGAAGUGAAGACCGCUCAGUACUUCGUUAAAAAGGCUCUUCUAGCAAUGAAAGACAGCAAAAGGUCAGCAGCAGCAGCAGCAGCAGCAGCAGUUGCGCACGUGGCUGCUGCUGCAGCGGGCUCCUUAGUAGCCCUGUUAGCGGCAGCGUGA